CUCUCGCUCUCUUCAAUGGAGAGCUUCGCACUCUACUCUCCAUAUCCCACCAGCACUUCCUCCUUCUCGCCCUCCUCGCGCAUAUCCUUACACCUCCGUUCCCGCCCUUCUUCUCUCUCCAAAUCCCACCAUUCCUACAUUUCUCCAAAACCCACCCUCCGUUCCUCUCUCUCCUCCGCCUCUCCUCUCUCUCUCCUCCAAGCCCACAAUCACCUCCUCUUCAAUCCUCUCCCAAAACCCACCAAAACCCUCAAACCAGUCCAAGCCUCUCAAUCUCCCCCACCCACCACCACCACCACCACUGAACCAAACCCUCAAGGCGCUAAGAUCGUCCCGCUCGUAAUCUCUCUCGCAGUAGGCCUAAUCGUUCGAUUCUUCGUCCCCAAACCCCCUGAAGUUUCGCUGCAAGCUUGGCAAUUGCUUGCAAUUUUUCUCUCAACAAUUGCUGGGCUUGUGCUGAGUCCUUUGCCUGUUGGUGCUUGGGCGUUUUUGGGACUCACCACAUCGAUUUUGACAAAAACCCUGACUUUUUCGACUGCUUUUAGUGCUUUCACGAAUGAGGUGAUUUGGUUGAUUGUGAUUUCGUUUUUCUUCGCUCGUGGGUUUGUGAAGACUGGGUUGGGGGAUAGGAUUGCUACGUAUUUUGUGAAGUGGUUGGGGAAGAGUACGUUGGGUUUGUCAUAUGGGUUGACUGUCAGUGAAGCUCUUAUUGCUCCGGCAAUGCCGAGCACCACUGCGAGAGCUGGUGGUGUAUUUUUGCCGAUCAUUAAGUCUCUGUCGCUAUCCGCGGGUAGUAAACCGGGUGAUCCAUCAGCGAAAAAGCUCGGGGCUUAUUUGGUUCAGUCUCAAUUUCAGUCUGCUGGUAACUCUAGUGCGCUUUUCCUGACUGCUGCAGCUCAAAACCUGCUGUGCCUAAAACUAGCCGAGGAAGUUGGGGUGAUAGUUGCAAACCCAUGGGUUUCUUGGUUCAUGGCUGCUAGUUUACCUGCAAUCGUUUGUCUCUUAGUUACUCCUCUUGUCUUGUACAAACUUUAUCCACCCGAAACCAAAGACACGCCAGAUGCCCCUGCUAUGGCUUCAAAAAAGUUGGAGCUUAUGGGUCCUGUCACAAGGAAUGAGUGGGUCAUGGUUGGCACAAUGCUUCUUGCUGUCUCCUUGUGGGUCGUUGGAGAUGCUCUUGGCAUAGCAAGUGUUGUUGCUGCUAUGCUGGGCUUAUCAAUACUACUAUUGUUGGGGGUGCUUGAUUGGGACGACUGCUUGGGUGAAAAAUCAGCAUGGGACACCUUGGCUUGGUUUGCAGUUCUCGUGGGCAUGGCAGGCCAAUUGACCAAUCUUGGCAUUGUAAAAUGGAUGUCUGAUUAUGUGGCUUUAUCUCUUCAAUCUUUCUCUUUGAGCUGGCCUGCUGCGUUUGCUGUCCUUCAAGCCGCUUACUUCCUCAUCCAUUACUUGUUUGCAAGUCAAACCGGUCAAGUGGGAGCUUUAUACUCCGCAUUUCUUGCUAUGCACUUGGCAUCCGGGGUACCUGGCGUGUUGGCAGCACUGGCUUUAGCUUACAAUACAAAUCUAUUCGGUGCUCUAACGCAUUAUAGCAGUGGUCAGGCUGCUGUAUACUAUGGAGCUGGUUACAUAGACCUUCCUGACGUGUUUAGAGUGGGCUUUGUCAUGGCGCUUAUUAAUGCUAUAAUCUGGGGCGUUGUUGGUUUCUGGUGGAAGUUCUUGGGCCUAUAUUGAUUCUUGACGAUUUUC